GACAUGACAUGUUGGCGCGCAACAGUUGUCGACAGUUGAUCAUGGUUGAUGAUAUCAAAAUCAUUAUUACUGAUACAUUUAUUUAGAAAAUUCUAGUGUUUUAACGAAAUUCUUUUGUGUAUUUUAUCACUUUUAUUAAAAACCAUUUAUGUUUGUUUAACAACAAAAGUGCAUGUGUGUUUAAUUUAUAUAGAUUUCAUAUUGUUUGUGAUACAAAUAUGAGUAUACAAACUACAAUACCUUUUGCGAUUAGAAAGAAGUGUUCCUUUUAUUCUAAGAAAGAAAUACCUUCUAUACAUGAAAACUUUGAAAAUGCUGCACUCCGAAGUACACCAAAUAAUACUUAUACACCAACAACGAAAAAACUCAUGGAAUUAAGUAGCAGUGAAUCUGAAUCAGACUCAGACGUAGAAAAUGUCGAUACAAAACGCAGUGUAACAGUUGCCAAAAAAAAUACUAAUGCUAGAACUCCAAAGUCUUCGAGAAAAACGAAAAUUGAUGAUACAGAUGCAUCGCCACCAAAGCAAAGCAAAUAUUCACCAACAACACCAUCGACGCUUAUGGGUAAUCUUAAUUUAACAUCAUCUUCCAAAAAGGAAGGCAAAUUAUAUCCAAAAAAAUUGUUUACACCCAAUAAAUAUUGUGAUGCACGAAAAGCUUUACAUAGUGAUACACCAGAAAAUUUACCCGGUAGAGAAAAAGAACUUGGUGAACUUGAAAAUUUUAUACAACUUCAUUUGACGGAAAAAUCUUCAGCUUCAUUAUAUGUUUCUGGACCACCAGGAACUGGAAAAACUGCUUCUUUAUCACAAAUUAUGUCUAAACCUGAAUAUAAAUCAUCUUUUAAAACUGUUUAUAUCAAUUGUACAACGACAAAAUCAGCUAGCGCAAUUUAUGGCAAAAUUAUUGAGGAACUUGAAUUGUCAGUGACAAAAUCAACGAAAAAUAGUAAAGUAGUUAUUGAAAAGUAUUUAAAUGGUAAACACAAAAUGUUACUUUUGAUACUCGAUGAAAUUGAUCAAUUGGAAACUAAGAAUCAAUCAGUUCUUUAUUCCAUUUUUGAAUGGCCCUCAAGGCCUGAUUCAAAAUUAAUUUUAGUCGGCAUUGCAAAUUCAUUGGAUUUAACUGAUAGAUUGUUGCCGAGAUUAAAUGCAAAAUGUGAAUUAAAACCAAAAUUAAUGCAUUUUGCUUCAUAUACAAAACAACAAAUUGAAAAUAUUAUUGUUGAAAGAUUAAAAGCUGCUGAUGUUAUGGAUGUUUUUGCACCAGUUGCAAUUAAAUUAUUAGCGGGUAAAGUUGCUGCUGUUUCUGGUGAUAUUAGACGGGCUUUGGAUAUUAGUAGACGAGUUAUUGAAUUAACAGAAUCGAAAAAAAUUCUACAACCAACAAAUGACAAUGACGCAAAUACACUGGAUGAAUCAAAAGUUAAUCCAAUAGACAAAGCUGCUGAUAUGAAAGAUGUACUCGAUGUUUUGAAUACAGUUUAUGGAGGUACACAAUCAUUGUCACAUGAUUACAUUUUUCCUGUACAGCAAAAAAUUGUUUUGUGCUCAUUACUUCUUAUUUUGAACAAAAGUUCAAAUAAAGAUGUCACUGUUGCUAAGUUACACGAAGUCUACAAGAAAGUUUGCAAGAAACAGAAAAUAAACGACGUUGAUCUAACGGAAUUUAUUGGCUUAUGUUCGCUAAUUGAAACUCGAGGUAUUAUGAGAAUAGUUAAGAAAAAACAGAUUCGUUUAUCGAAAGUAAAUUUAGAAUGGAUGCAGAAAGAUGUCGAAAAUGAAUUAAAAGAUAAAGCUUUAUUGGCUGAAAUUAUUAGCGAUGUUUCUUGUUUAUGAGAGUGCCAUUUUAUCAUUUUUGUAAAUUUCAAUUGUUAUUUUAAACAAAUACUUUAUUAUUUUCUUUGA